ACCAAGCGCAGACACAACUCACCCUCCAACUUCCCCCCGCCGCCGCACACCAGCCACGGAAAAGAAAAGAAAAGAGAAGACGGCUCAAAGCAAAACAUGGGUUCCGUCGUCCUCCCCCACCUCAAGACCGGCUGGCACGUGGACCAAGCCAUAAUGUCGGAGGACGACCGACUCGUCGUGAUCCGCUUCGGCCGCGACUGGGACCCGGACUGCAUGCGCCAGGACGAGAUACUCUACCGCAUCGCCGACAAGGUGAAGAACUUUGCCGUCGUCUACCUCUGCGACAUCGACGAGGUGCCCGACUUCAACAAGAUGUACGAGCUCUACGACCCCCUCACCAUCAUGUUCUUCUUCCGCAACAAGCAUAUGAUGUGUGACUUUGGCACCGGGAAUAAUAACAAGAUGAAUUGGGUGCUGGAGGAUAAACAGGAGUUGAUUGAUAUUGUGAGUUUGUAUUUUUUUUUUUUUUUUUUUUUUUUUUUUUCCUUGUGGAGGUGCUAAUGUUUUGUUUUUAUCAUAUAGAUCGAAACAAUUUAUAAGGGUGCCAGAAAGGGUCGUGGGUUGGUGGUUAGCCCGAAGGAUUAUAGUACUAGGUAUCGGUACUAGGUUGCCGAUUGUUUGAUCACUUUACCACGGGGGGCAGUGAGUUGGGAUGGAAUGGGAUUCUUAAUGUUAGUAUGCACGUUUUGUGAUACUUUACGCUUUUUUCUGUUCUUUUUUUUUUUUUCUUUGCUUGCUUCGCUUCUAUGAGAUUACAAUCUGUUAAUCCUACCGUAUUUUCGCAGAGCUCUGUGCGCCGGUGAGGGUAUGAUAGACAGGCACAGCAUCAUGCUUUAUAGAUCGUAGAUACCAACCGAUGACCUUAGAAUCUCCUAGCGUAAAGUAGAUUGAUAGAUACUUGUAUCCCAACCUCAAACACCGGUAUCGCAUCAGUUAUCUACAACCCCACAUUCUCCAGACGACUGCAUGUCCACAAGCCUACCCAAUAGCAAAAAAGAAACAAAAACACAAAUACUGGUAUAGUUCUUGGACAAAAGUGAUCGUUGCCGUACUUGACAACGCGCCCGCCCGCCCACCACUCCGCAACAUCCACUUCCCAUAUAAUAUCAGAUCCAGAUAGAACUGCA